AUGCAGCCAGACCCACAUAGCACCGACGUCGUCGCCAACAUCAACUACUUCCCUGCCACAGGCGUGCCAAUCCCCAAAUCAGCGUGGAAAACGAAAUAUCUAGAUGACAAUGAUGAAUACACUCGACCUAUGCUGAUCAGAGAUGUACGCAAGGCCGAUAAGACCUUCGAUUUGGAUGUAAACGGCUUCACGUUCGUGACAUUACCACGCAAAGAGAGGGUAGGACGUAACAGCAGCGAAGAAGAUGUCAAGCGAGAAUACUAUCCGGAGCUAGAAGAAGUAGCCAAGAAAUUAACCGGCGCAUCAACAGCCCACGUAUUCAACCAUGUUAUCCGUGCCCACUCUUCCCCCACGGAAAAAGGCAUUCAAGAUGCACAAGGCCGCUGGCAAGACAUCCCCUCAGGCCACCCACACGUCGACUACGAAGGCUCCCCCGACGCCCUAUCAGGUACUCUCACGGAGCUCUCCUUCCCACCUCACAUCGAUGCCCUCUUCACCAAAUCCUCCCGGUUUUGUUUCCUCGGCGCCUGGCGCCCCCUGAAAACAGUGAAAAGGGAUCCUUUGGCCGUGUGCGAUGCGACCACCGUUCCUGACAGCGACUAUCAGGUCAGACUAAGGGAGUUUAGUCGCACGGGAAAUAAGAGUAAGAAUUACGUUAUGAGUCAUAGAGAGAGCAGACAGAAGCAUGAGUGGUGGUAUAUGAGUAACAUGCAGCCGUGGGAAAUGGUCGUGUUCAAGGGGUUGGACUCGAAGAGGGAGGAGCUGGGAUGGAGGUGUCCACAUACGGCGUUCAGAGUCAAGGGGACUGAAGGAGAGGAACCGAGGGAGAGUAUCGAAGCGCGAAUUGUAUGUUUCUGGGAAUAG